UCGCAACACCGCCGCCGCGGUGCUCGUGGUGGUUCGCCGCGUUGCGGACCCCGUCCCGGCCCGAGUAGCAAGUCACCUCCGCUCACCUCGGCCCCGACUUCAGUCCGCCGCUCGGCUCGAGUCGUCGUGCAACACGAAACGCGCAAGCAGAGAGCAGGCAAGCGAGCCGGCUCGCUGUCGCGCGCGGGCCCCGACACAUACGCACGCGUUGCUCCGUUCCCGAUAAGACCGCGCGCGAUCGCUAUCAUACGAGCGAGACAGGCUGACACACGUGAUACGCGAAUUAUCGCGCGCGAAUAACCAAAACAUUCGUCGUAGAGUUUGGGAGAGGAAUUUGAAGAGACGGAUCGGAGUCUCUAAUCGCGGAAUAUAUAUCGGAGCGACGUGUGUCUCGAGACGACGAGAUCGUGAAGCGGUGGGCGCUGGGCGCUCGGCAGAGAUUCCGCGGCCAGCUGCGCAGGCAGAAACGGAACGUGGUAUUAUGUCACACUCCCACGCGAGCGACGGCAGUCGCUGCCGCCGUCGCCGCUCCUGUUGUUGCUGCUGCUGCCAGGCCCAACAUCCUCAUCGUUUGACAUUUCUGCGGGCGUGCAGCGCUUGACGGAUCACGCGUUCCAUUGUGGAUGUUACGCUCGUUUCGUCCCGCCCUGGUGCAUCUCGAGAUCGUCGUGACGACAUCUCAUCACGAGAGACAUCUUUCCCGAGUGUUUUCCGCGGUGCGAUAAAACAGCGCCGAUCGACAGUGACUUGUCAUCGCGAAUCGUCGAUUCGAGGAAGAUUGUUCCCGGAUCACACGCAUCGUCUAACGGCUUUUGACAGGAAGAAGGCGACCAAGGCGACGCGCGUGCGAGUGGAGGAUCGCCCUGCGAGCUAAACGGACGAUUUCGCGCCGAGCUCGGACGUAUAUACUCGCCGACAGGACGAUGUCAUUGUUGUGAGUGUCGCGUUUCCUUAUACGUAGAUACGAGAGUGCGAGUGAAUUACAAGGACAGAAAGAGAGAGCGAAAAAAAAAAAAAGAGGAAGAAGAAAACGGAAGGACCAAGAGAGGGAGAAAGAGAAGUGCAUCAAAUGCGUGUGAAAUGGAUGGUACGCCAAAGAAAAGCGAAGCAGUGCUAAUAUAUGGAUGCCCAUGGGUGGAACUUGGCCGAAAUGUGCCAGCGUUACCAUCACGCUAUACCGGCAGCGGCGGCGCAGAAUUCCUCGCCAGCUAGGGAUCCCUCGGCUGCCAUCGUGCAAGGCUUGUCAACCGCCACGCACAUCGAUCAAGCCAGCCCGUCUUAUUCCCACUACACGAUGCUGGAUAAUUAUGACAGGGGUGAGGUGACACCACCACCGCCGGUGAGCGGUUACGGCGGUUCCCCCGGUCUCUUGGCACUUCAUUCCUCGCUUUACGCGACUCCCACGUCGAGGGCCUACGACAUCGACUCCGGCAUCGAUGGCAACGACAGCUCGAUGCCCAUCGAUACCCAAAUCAUCUCGAUACCGAGCAUGCUGAGCGGUCCGGCGCAGCAGCGGCUGGAGGACAUGCCCUGGCUGGCUUCCGGUCCGUCGUUGGAAUACCAGCAGGGCAUCUCGCCGAUCCCCGCGGGAGUAAAGAUGUGCCAUCCCGGCGGCGGCACUGCCCAGAGGAGCCUCAAGGAGCAACGGAUACGUCGUCCGAUGAACGCGUUCAUGGUCUGGGCAAAGGUCGAGCGCAAGAAGUUGGCCGACGAGAAUCCGGAUCUCCACAACGCCGAUCUCAGCAAGAUGCUGGGUAAGUGCGCAAAUGAAAAAUAUAUUUUCUUUCUCGCGAGAUACUUAUUUAUACGAUAUUUCUGA